UAUCCCCCUCCUCAUCUUCUGCUCCCCCUCCGGCCGACCUCGCGCGCGAGGAGAGAGCCCCAGCACGAGCAUGGCCGGAGCAGCAGCAGCCGCCGCCGUGGCGUCCGGGAUCUCGGCCCGGCCGGCCGCGCCGAGGAGGGCCCCGGCCGGGCGCCGCGCCCGGCUGCCGGUGGUGCGGGCCGCGAUAUCCGUCGAGAAGGGCGAGAAGGCGUACACGGUGCAGAAGUCCGAGGAGAUCUUCAACGCCGCCAAGGAGUUGAUGCCCGGAGGUGUUAAUUCGCCAGUCCGUGCCUUCAAAUCUGUUGGUGGGCAACCUAUAGUUUUUGACUCUGUAAAGGGUUCUCGUAUGUGGGAUGUGGAUGGGAAUGAAUAUAUUGAUUAUGUUGGUUCCUGGGGUCCUGCAAUCAUCGGUCAUGCAGAUGAUAAGGUGAAUGCUGCAUUGAUUGAAACUCUGAAGAAAGGAACUAGCUUUGGUGCUCCAUGUGUGCUGGAGAAUGUAUUGGCUGAGAUGGUCAUAUCUGCUGUACCAAGUAUCGAAAUGGUCCGCUUUGUCAAUUCAGGGACAGAAGCUUGCAUGGGAGCACUCCGCCUUGUACGUGCGUACACUGGGCGGGAGAAGAUUAUCAAGUUUGAGGGCUGCUACCAUGGCCAUGCUGACUCCUUCCUUGUCAAAGCUGGCAGUGGUGUUGCUACCCUUGGUCUCCCAGACUCCCCUGGAGUCCCCAAGGGAGCCACCUACGAGACUCUAACCGCGCCAUACAAUGAUGCUGAGGCGGUGAAGAAAUUGUUCGAGGACAACAAAGGGGAGAUUGCUGCCGUCUUCCUUGAGCCAGUUGUUGGCAAUGCUGGCUUCAUUCCGCCACAGCCUGGUUUCCUCAAUGCCCUCCGCGACUUGACCAAACAGAAUGGUUCACUCCUGGUCUUUGAUGAAGUGAUGACUGGUUUCCGUUUGGCUUAUGGUGGGGCUCAAGAGUACUUUGGGAUCACCCCUGACGUGACAACCAUGGGUAAGAUUAUCGGUGGAGGCCUCCCUGUUGGUGCUUAUGGUGGGAGGAGGGACAUCAUGGAGAUGGUUGCCCCAGCAGGGCCAAUGUACCAGGCAGGAACUCUCAGUGGAAACCCACUUGCCAUGACUGCUGGAAUUCACACGCUCAAGCGUCUGACAGAGCCCGGCACUUACGAAUACUUGGACAAGAUCACUGGUGACCUCGUCCGUGGGAUUCUGGAUGCUGGUGCCAAAACAGGGCAUGAAAUGUGUGGAGGACACAUUAGAGGAAUGUUUGGCGUCUUCUUCACCGGCGGGCCAGUUCACAACUUUGGGGACGCCAAGAAGAGCGACACAGAGAAGUUCGGGAGGUUCUACCGGGGCAUGCUGGAAGAGGGUGUGUACCUGGCGCCCUCCCAGUUCGAGGCGGGUUUCACCAGCUUGGCGCACACCUCCCAAGAUAUCGAGAAAACCAUCGAGGCUGCUGAGAAGGUUCUGAAACGGAUAUAGGGUUCAGCUCCAGCUGAUUUGCUACUUCAUUGUGAUGUACUCUGAGUUUAUUCACUCCACUGAAGUUUUGUAUUGUGCAGCAGUAGCAGCAGUGCAGCGUCUUAUGUAGUUCCUCUUCUUUCUGAACUUAUAUUAUCGUGUUUUUGCAGUGGUAAUAAAACCGUGGUUGACGAUUACUGGUUUUUA